AUGGAGCUGUUCUCCUUCCUCGAGCCCAAAGCCGGCCAGCCGCUCCCGACCUUCCAGCCCCCACCCAUUGGUGGGUUCCACCUCCACCCGCCGCCGCCGCCGCCGCUGCAGCAACAGCAUCAGGCAUCGUAUCCGCUGGCCGGCCAGCAGCAGUGGCUGCCGCCGCCGCCGCCGACGCAGCAGCAGCAGCAGGCUUCCGAGCCCCUGCAGCAGCACCAGCAGCAGCGGCCCCGGCAGGAGCAGCAGCAGGCCGGGGAGGGCAUCACCUUCAACUUCAAUCGGCGGCGUGUGGCCGGGCGGGGCGGCGAUGUCGAGGUGCGCGUGUGGCUCACCUUCGAGGAGAGCGUGCGGGGCUGCAUCCGCGAACUGCGCUUCCGCGCCCUCGUGCCCUGCGGCGCCUGCCGCGGACGCGGCCUCCUCUCCCUCCUCGAAGCCGGCCUCGUGCGCAGCCGCGACGAACUCACCCCCUGCGCACACUGCCACGGCACCGGCACCUACUCUCGGCGGUCGGCGCUGCUGACCAUCAAUUCGACGUGCUGCCACUGCAACGGGCACGGGUACCCGCUCGACCAGCCGUGCGUGCAGUGCUCCCACGGCCGACUCUCCGACGAGAAGGUGCUCCACAUCGAGGUGCCGCAGGGCGUCAUGCACGACAUGCGCAUGGUCUACUCCGGGCAGGGCGAUGCCGGUGAGUUCGGAGGCGAUUCGGGCGACCUGGUGGUGGUGUUCGGGGUGGAGGAGAGCAGCCUCUUCCAGCGCGAUGGAGACGACGUCCUGAGCGAGGUCAACGUCAGCUACUUCGAGGCCGCACUCGGCGCCACCGUCCUCAUCCGCGGCAUCUACGGCAACGAGAUCCCCCUCCCGAUUCCGCCCGGCACGCAGCCCGACACCCUGUUGUGCCUCAAGGGGGAGGGCUUCUUGAGCGUGUGCGCCACGCCUGCGCCGCCGGAGCAAGAUCAGGCGCCGAGCAGCAGCCUGCAUCCAUCCAGCAGCGUCGGCGAGGUGGGCGGCGUGCCCUCGAGCAGCUACGCGUCCUCCGCUCCUCCUACGCAGCCGCCGCCGCCGGGAGAGCAAGCGGCGUUUCCGCACUACCAGUACCGGAGGCGCCGACGGCGUUCGAGCUACCAGCCGCCGCCGGACAACGGGGAGAAGCCCACCUACCGCACCAUCAACCGGACAGACUACUUCAACAGCCUCCUCCAGAAAUCCAACUUCUUCAGCUCCACCUUCCUCCAGCAGGGCGGCAGCGGCCUUGCCUCUCCCUUCUCCCUCUUCAGGGACGAGAACGAGGGGGCCUCCUCUACCUCCUCCUCCUCCUCGUCGUCGUCGGCAUCGGCAUCAUCUGUGCUGCCCAAUCGGGUGGGCACGGGCGUGAGCAGCCAAUGGGUUUCGGCCGCGGGAAGCGAGGGCAACAGCGAGGACGACCUCCUCGACGGCCAUGACGCCGGAAGCAGCGCUGCCUCCGCCCACUCGCUCGACGAUGACGCCGGACGCGAGAGCAGCGUGGGCUUUGAGGACCACCGGCAGCGCUGCCACCUCGAGGCCCGCCGCCGCGGGGUCUCGGCGAAUCCCGCGGGCACCGGCGACAACGGAGACCUGCACGAGCAGCAGCCGCAGCGCGCCCCGCGGGGCCUAAAACGGCCACGCCCGGUGCGCGAGGCGGGCGGCAUGUCCACCACGGACGCGGUAGAAGAGGAGGAGCAGGAGUCCGACGACGACGGCGCGGGCAUGAAGACGACGACGACGACGAUGAUGGCCAAGGAGGUCGAAGAGGAGCAGGAGGAGCAGGAGGGUGCUCCACUGCCGGCUCCCCUCCUUCACGAGCAGCAGCAGCAGCAGGAAGAGGAGGUCGUCAAUGGCUACUCUCCCGAAGCCGAGGCCGAGCGGCGGGUGGUGGGCGGCGGCAUGGCGAGCGCAGACGCGGAGGACGAGCACGACGCCGGCAGCCAGGGCCUCGAGAUCCGGCACACGGUGGUGCGGACGGAAGGUCCCUGGCCUCCCUUCGACGAGGUGUUCCACAAGGCCAAGGAGGAGGAACGCGAGGAGCACGCCAGCCUCGACGCCAUCGACAUCGACACCUCCUGGAUGCCCCUGGACGAGCACCAUGACGACCACAAGGGGUCCGCCGUCGCCGACAGCGUGCUGGUGGCCGACCUGCCGCUCGCGCCGCUACUGCCUCGACACCGAGCCCAGGCCCAGGAAAGCCCGGUGCCCGUGGUGGCGGCGCCGUCGCCGCCCACGUCCUCCCCGUCGUCGAUGGCGGCUGCUGGGCAGCAGGAGCAGCAGGAGCAGCAGCGGCGAGGGAACAUGUACAUACGCGUCAAGGUGGGCGUGCCCCAGGCCCUCGACCCCCGGCAGGUCCACCUCCUCGCCGCCCUCCACCGCCAGUGGGCCGCCAGCUCGGCCACCGGUGACGCCUGA